AUGAAAAGUAAAGAUAUACAAAAAGUUGUAAAAACUAAAUAUGAAAAUGGUGAUGGUCCGGCAAAAAUUUAUCGUGAUUUAGCCGGAGCUGUUUCAUUACCCACAAUUGAAUUAUGGAUAAGAAUGAUCAACACUACUGGUUCUAUCAUGCUGUCGUCUCCUCCAGGCUGUCCACGCACAGUCCGAGCGGGCAAACAAGAUCUAGACAGCAAUACAACACAAUCCAGUCUACAAAACACAACUACUGAUGCUUUUUAUUAUCUUGAUGAUCUUCUUGCUCAUGAUGCUAAUUCUGCUCCUUAUGAUGUUGGCCGUACUCAUGCUGUUGCUCGUGCUGCCGAGAGUGCUUAUCUUGCUGCUCGUGAUCAUCUUGAUGAAGAGGCUGCCCGAGAUGCUGCUCGUGCUGCUGGUCUUGCUGCUCUUGAUUCGUAUGAUCCUGCUACUGGUGCAGAUGCUUUUGCUGCUGAUUGUAUAGCUCGUACUUUUGAGGGUUGCACUGAUGUUUGUGCUGAUGCUGAUGCUGUUGCUGCUCAUGUUCGUUCUUUCGCUACUGGUGCUGGUGCUGGUCUUGCUCCUAAUCGUGCUGCUCUUCGUACUGGUCGUGUUCGUGCUCUUCUUGCUGCAUUUUUGCUUGUUAAUCAUGGUUUCCUUGAUCCUGAUCGUCUUGAUGCUGGUCUUACACCUGAUGUUGAUAAUAUUAUUCUUAAUGAUAUUCACAUUCGUGCUGCUCUUGCUAGUCUUCUUGAAAUGUCUCGUAGUUCUUUAGCUCAUUUUGGUGGCGCUGCUGAUCCUGCUGGUCCUGCUGAUCGUGAUGGUUAUGACGAAGACUGGGAAUAG